AUGGGCAAAUUAUCCACUUUAGCUAAGCGCUUUUGGCGCAAAUGGACCACGCGUGAAGGUCUUCUUGGAGACUACGACUAUGGCUACCUUUUCAUUCCAGAUGUGCCAUUCAAAAAGGGCCAACCAAAGACACAGCCGUUUUUUGGCCUUAAUUCUAGUAUGCCCAUUGUUUUGGGUAUGAUUUUGGGUUUCCAGCACUCGUUGGCGAUGCUUGCAGGUGUGAUUACGCCUCCCAUGUUGAUUUCCACAGCUGCUAACUUGAGUAACGAAAUUAGGGAAUACCUUAUUUCUACGUCUUUGAUUGUGGCGGGUCUUUUGUCGUGUAUUCAAAUCACACGGUUCCAUAUCUAUAAAACGCCUUAUUAUAUUGGUACAGGCUUGCUUUCGGUCGUCGGUACGUCUUUUGCAACCAUCACCAUUUGUACAAAAGCCAUGCCUUUGAUGUAUAAGAACGGUUUUUGUCCUAUGGAUGGCGACGAAAAAUUGGCUUGUCCUGAUGGAUAUGGCCGUAUUAUCGCUACAGGUACCGUUUGUGCAUUAUUUGAAAUCAUCUUGUCUUUUGCACCUUCCAACGUUUUGCAAAAAGUGUUCCCACCUAUCGUCACAGGCCCAGUGGUGCUUCUUAUUGGUGUCCAUCUUGUUGAAACCGGUUUCCAAAACUGGAUGGGCGGUACUAACUGUGUGGGAGAAAUGUGUGGCACUGCUAAACCAUUACCUUGGGGCUCAGCGGAAUUUGCUGGUUUGGGCUUUUUGGUUUAUAUCACCAUCGUGCUUUCAGAAAGAUUUGGCUCUCCAAUCAUGAAGUCUUGUGCUGUUAUCGUUGGUUUGCUCAUGGGCUGUAUUGUUGCUGCCGCUUGUGGAUACUUCUCCUCAGACAAUAUCGACAGUGCCCCAGUUGCCACUUUCCCUUGGGUGCACACAUUUAAGCUUGAGGUUUAUGGCCCCGCUGUGUUGCCCUUCUUUGCUGGGUACAUUGUGCUUAUUAUGGAGGCCAUUGGUGACAUCACAGCCACUUGUGAUGUUUCUAGAUUAGAAGUCCUGGGCGACAUGUACGAGUCCAGAAUCCAAGGCGGGAUCCUUGCGGAUGGUGUCAACUCGGUGAUAUCCGGUCUCAUGACCAUGACCCCAGUGUCUACUUUUGCUCAGAAUAACGGUGUUAUUUCUGUGACUAAAUGUGCCAACAGGAAGGUCGGUUACUGGUGUGCUUUCUUCCUUGUUGUCAUGGGAAUCUUUGCCAAAUUUGCUGCUGCCAUUGUUUCUAUUCCUAGCACUGUCUUGGGAGGUAUGACAUGUUUCUUGUUUUCUUCUGUGACUGUUUCUGGAAUUAAGAUUAUCUCCACAACAGAGUUCACCAGAAGAGAUCGUUUCGUCUUGACUGCAGCUUUGGUGCCUGGUAUUGGCUCUGUGUUGGUGCCUAACUGGUUUGACAAUAUUUUCACAUACUCUGGUGACAACACUGCGUUGAUGGGUUUCUUUGACGCUAUUACCUUGGUGAUGGAAACUGGUUUUGCCAUCACUGGAUUCAUUGGUCUUCUUCUUAACUUGUUGAUUCCACAGGUGGAUGACGAGAUGGAGGAAAUCAAUGAGGUGGUGUUGGAGACUGUUGGCUCUGCCACUCAGGAAGCUUUGGAAGUAUACAAGUCCAGAGAACAGGUAUUUGUCAACAGCAAGGCCGAGGCAGACGGAGCCAACCUGAGCUCGAGCCAAGUGAACAAGUAA